UUGUUAACGGUAACACACCUCAGCAACUCCAGCCUCAGUCUGCAAUCAUCCCAGCUGUAAUACAUUCACACAACGGAACCAUGAGCAUAAGGACAAAGAAUCGCACUGGGACAAGCCCUAAUUACAUGAGGGACUUCAGCAGCAUGUCCUUGGGCUCCAGAAAUGGCCCCAGGAACAGCAGCAGCGGCCUCUACAUGGGAGGCUCCAUCACGGCCGUGACCAUCAACCAGAGCCUGCUGGCACCCAUCAACCUGGAUAUCGACCCCAAAAUCCAGGCUGUCCACACCCAUGAGAUGAACCAGAUCAAGGGUCUCAACAACCGCUUUGCUACUUUUAUUGAUAAGGUGCGACACCUGGAGCAGCAGAACAAGAUGCUGGAGACCAAGUGGAAGCUGAUGCAGGACCAGACAGCUGGCCCCUCCAACAUGGAACCCAUGUUCCAGACCUACAUAAAAAACCUGCAGAGACAGCUGGACCAGAUCAACAAUGACAAGGACCGGUUGGAUAUGGAGAACAGGAACAUGCACCAUAAUGUGGAAGACUUAAAAUCAAAGUAUGAAGAUGAGAUCAGCAAGAGGAACACAGCAGAUCUUGACUUUGUCCUGCUAAAAAAGGAUGUGGACGCUGGUUUCCUGUCCAAGGUAGCUCUGGAGGACAGGUUGGCUGGGCUGGAAGAGGAGGACAACUUCUUAAAGGUCUUGUACGAUCAGGAGCUGGGUGAGCUGCAGUCUGACGUGAAGGACACCUCUGUGGUGGUUCAGAUGGACAACUCCCGGGGCCUGGACAUGAACCAGAUCAUAGCUGACGUCAAGGCCCAGUACGAAGACAUCGCUGCUCGCAGUCGGGAGCAGGCCGAGAGCUGGUACAAGACCAAGGUUGAAAGUCUGGCCGGCCAGGCUGGCCAGGCUGCAGAGGAGCUGCGCAACACCAAGGCUGAGAUUGUCGAGCUGAACCGACUCAUCAGCCGCCUGCAGAACGAGAUCCUGGCUGUCAAGGGACAGAAGGCCAACCUGGAGAGACAGAUAACCGAGGCGGAGGAACAUGGGGAGAUUGUCGUUAAGGAUGCCAGGGCUCUAAUCAUGGAUCUGGAGGUAGCUAUGCAAAGAGCCAAGCAGGACAUGGCCUGCCAGAUCAGGGAGUACCAGGAACUGAUGAACGUCAAGCUGGCCUUGGACAUCGAGAUUUCCACCUACAGGAAACUGCUGGAGGGCGAGGAGACCAAAUUUGGACAACAAUCAAUCACCAACAUUUCUACCACAAAGCCUUACACCAUGCCAGAGACCAGCUACCAGCAGCCCACCCGAUCUUCUGCUGUCGUCAUCAAAAUGGUGGAAACCACCGACUCCUCCAGAUCGUACCACUGAAAAUCAAAAUGUUGCUGAGAUGCAACAUGACUCAGAGGUCAUUUUCAGAAGGGGCUACAGUUUUCAUAACAAUCUGUAGCACUCAUAAUAUAUUCAUAGCAGCCUAUUGAUGCAGUCAUAGAGCAUUAUAAGACUAGAGCCCAUUGGCUGUGAUAUUUACCAUACUAUGAAUAUUUAUAAGACAAUAUCACCCAAGAAUUUGCAUCAAGUAAAGUGUUACUGUUACUUUAUACGAUGGCAUUGUUGAAUACUUGUUUUUGAUUGGCUUGAAGGGCAUUCUAGAACGUGCACUGUUUUCCAAUAACACAUGGUGUAUUUGCACGGUAGAAUUCAAUGGCUAUAGUUAAUUCUUACAUGUUCUAUGUUUGAGCUGCUCUUGAAAGCAAAGUCGAAUUGAAAACAUCAUUGCCAUUGAAUUCGAAGAUAGGACUGGUGAUUUAUUUAACCAAACAGACUUGCAAGUUCAGCUAUCAUGGCAACUACUGUAGCUAUCUAGUAAACAUGAUAGCUUCUUCAGUGGAUGUUGAAAACAUUCCUACCUGCAAAUUAACUAAUUUCUAUUGGCAAUUAUGUUAAAUUAUAGUCAUGGUAUAAAGUGGAUAAUCAACGCUGGGCUCUUUUCGUUCUCUGGACACUAAUGCAACUCUGUGUGAGGUCAGUUCCACUCUGCUAGCACGUAGUGGAACACACCGUGUCGUUAAUUAUUUUCCAUAACGCAUAGAGCCCCUCAUUGAUUAUCCCUUACAUAUACUUCAUCAUACUACAUCAGAGAAAUGAUCUGUCAACCAGACCUCACAGAACCACUUUAUUUGUUAUGCUCUACUAUAAACUGCAUUGAGCUUAGAUUAGCCUAGAAUUGUUUUCUUUACUUCUAUUAAAACCGUUUAAUGAUGCAAUAUCAUGUACCAAGAUGUUCAGACACAAAUAGACUCAUAAUGGGGAUCACA